CUCCCUCCCCUCUCUACUCUCCAUCCAUUUUUUUUCUCUCACACUGUGCGCGCGUCUCUCUGCCGUGUUUGUGCGUGCGUGCGCAAACCAAGAGCCCGGAUUUGCGAAAUGCACACACAACUUUAGUUUGAAAACGAGCCAUUGUGUUCAGCUUUACUUUAUUUCCGAGUGCUGCGCUUUUAAACACCCAUUCUAGGUGUUCCCUGUCCGGCGGCCAGCUACGGGAUAUGUGGAGAGGCGGGGACCUCUCUGCUUCCACCUAAAUCCUCCCCAAGUUGGGACCCUGCUGACGCGCUAUGACAUGAAGCAGGACCAUCGCUGAAGUUGUGGACAUCACCGAAGUUGCCAGGCUGUGGCGACUCUCCCGCGUUUCUCCGCUGAACUGAGCAUUUCCCUCGUCCGAGGCGGCGGGGCUGUCCUGCUGUUCGAUUAUUUUUUUUUUUCCCCUUUGUCGCACGUGAAACCCGGCAGCAACCAUGCAGAGCUCGUCGCUUCGCCGGCAGAUGAAAAACAUGGUCAACAACUACACGGAGGCAGAGAUCAAGGUGCGAGAGGCCACCUCCAACGACCCCUGGGGGCCCUCAGCCACUCUCAUGGCUGAAAUUUCAGACUUGACCUUCAACGUGGUGGCUUUCACCGAAGUCAUGGGAAUCGUUUUCAAGAGGCUGAACGAUCACGGCAAAAACUGGCGCCACGUUUACAAGGCGCUCACGCUCCUGGACUACCUGGUCAAAACGGGCUCCGAGCGCGUGCCCAAACUGUGCCGGGACAACAUCCACACCAUUCAGACGCUCAAGGACUUCCAGUACAUCGACCGGGACGGGCACGACCAGGGCAUCCACAUCCGGGAGAAGGCCAAGCGGCUGGUGGCCCUGCUGAAGGACGACGGCAAGCUGAAGAGCGAGAGGAGCCAGGCACAGAAGACCAAGUCACGGGUGGGGAGAAGCGGCGCCGGAUACACAGGACGCCACUGUGAGGACGCCACUGUGAACAGAUGCGCGGGGUCGCCGUCGUUCAGCUGUGAGUAGCGCCGACCCUUCACGAAACG